AGGCAGUUAGAAUCAUGUUGCGGCUUCUGGCAGUCUGUUGUACCUUAUACGUGGCGUUGGCUGCUCAGGCGCCGGUUGUGCAGCUGAACGAUGGCAACAAGAUGCCGGUGCUGGCCCUCGGCACUGGACGAGGGACCGCCCCACCGUCCGCCUCCGUCGAUGAGGUCCGUCAAGCGGUCUUCUGGGCUAUAGAAGCCGGGUACCGCCACAUUGACACCGCGGCUGUAUACCAUGACGAGGAGCAAGUCGGCCAGGGAAUCGCUGAGGCCAUAGACAAGGGGCUGGUGACUAGAGAAGACCUGUUUGUUACUACUAAGUUGGGGAAUAGUGACCACCGCCAGGAGAAGGUGGUCCCCGCUCUCCGCAAGUCUCUGAAGGAACUCGGCCUGGCCUACGUAGACCUCUACUUGAUACACUUUCCUUCGGCUGUGAGGGAUGAUGAUAGUGACGAUGACACCUCCGAAGACAUCGACUUCGUGGAGACGUGGAGAGGCAUGAUGGAGGCGAAGAAGCUCGGCCUGGCGCGCUCCAUCGGUGUGUCCAACUUCAACAGCUCGCAGGUCGACCGCCUGAUGUGCAUGGAGAUCCCGCCUGCGGUUAACGAGAUUGAGGUGAACCCCACCAUGACUCAAGAACCCCUGGUACGCCACUGCCACAACCUGGGCGUUAGGGUGAUGGCAUACAGCCCCCUCGGGUUCGUGGUGUCGCGCGGCAACAGCAAAACACCGCCGCCGCAGGCCGAUGACCCCGUAUUAGUGGCCCUGGCCAAGAAGUACAAUAAGAGUGUACCGCAGAUUGUGCUGCGUUACUUGGUGGACCGCAAUCUGAUCCCCAUCCCCAAGUCCACGAACAAGGACAGGAUCGUCGCCAACAUCGACAUCUUCGACUUCAGCCUCACCGAGGACGAGAUCAACACCAUGAAUGCCUUCAACAAGAACAUCAGAGUGAUUGACUUUCACGGCUGGGAGGGAUACCCUUACUUCCCGUUCAAUCAUUUGGAGGAAUAAGGAUGUUCCUUAAUGUUUCUGAAUAAAUGUUUCAC